CAGCUCUCUCUCUGUCACUUCGUGCCCCUGUGUGUGUGAGAGCCCUGAAAUGCAGCCUGGCAUGGGUUCACAACCACCCGGCCGUGAGGAGCUGCCAGGGCUGCCAGCUUGUCUCUUGUGUUCCUCAAGUGGCACAUGCCAAAGAUAACUCCCUGCAUGCUGGGACCUACACUCAGACUGCUCUUGAUGGCUCCUUCCAGUGAAAUAGUGGGGAAUAACUUUCUUGGAAAAGCUUUAUCUCCCUGGAGGGUGGCUGUGGGUCUGUCGAGGACACUGCAGUGGCCACAGCUGAAGGGACGCUCACCUUUAGGCAAGCACAAAGUGAAUAUCUCUGUUUAUGCUCUAAACUCUGGUUUAUUGUCCAAAAAUGGUGGUGUAUCUCAGACUCAGGGAAAAUAUUUAUAUCAUCAGACUAAACAACAAGGUCUUUGUGGUUUUGAUCUGUGUGAGUGCACUCAGUGUAAUUCCCUGGAUGUGAAGAGGUAACGUGGUCUGGGAAUUGUUGGAUCUUAUUUCUGAUGCUGGGAAGCUGUCUCUUGGUUAAAGGUUUGGAAAUAGAGGGUCAGGUUCCCCAGCUGAAGUGCCCAGAUCCCUUUGGUAGAGUGGGACUGUUUGCAAGGGGAGAACUGGAUAAUUUAUUAGAGUUGGCGUGAUCUUUUGAUAGGAAGUGGGAUGAGGGAAGGCAUAGGGAUGUGUAGCUUGAAAGCAGCCUUGGAAAGGUCAUCUCAGGAGCCUGGAGGGCUGGGAAUGGAUUUCGAUUUAGAUUUGGAUAGGGGGAAAGGAGCUCAAAUACAUGCUGAUUGGCUCUUUGAUCCAGAGAUGCUUCUUCUUCCUAUAAAAUAAUAACAUCAAAUGAAUAGGGCUUUUCCCUCCCCCCAGUUUUCAGCUCCCAAGUGCAGAGUGGCCCUUAAAGGCACUUGGGAUUGUGAUCCAUUCAGCAUGACUGACAUCUGCCUGGGGUGCUCUGAAAGUUCCCUGCAGAUCACUGGAGAAUACAGGUACCUUUUGGUGGGGUUUUUAGAGCAGUGACUUCAUUUGUUGCAUCUGCUCCCAGGCUGUUCCCUCAGCAGUGUGGAGUAACUGAUGCAAACAAAGCAGGUGGAGAUCUUCUCUUGCACAGCUUGCACAAGAGGAAGCUGAGGCUGUAACCACUUCUGUACCUUUAAUGUUACCUCUUGUUGUUGGAUAAAUGAUUGCUGUGCAAACUGGCUCCUGCUCUUUAUUUCUCUUUAGUAUUUUACCUGCAUAUUUUAGGACAGGGCUUGUUUGUUAUUAAGCUCAUUAAAGACUACAGAGGCAUGGUAAGAAUAGCAUGGCUUAUUCCUGUAGCACUGGGAAGUGCCAGUCACAAUGGGAGUAGUUAGAACAUAGAGUAGAAAUUAUUGCUGCCCUGACUAAUAGCUUUAAAACACCAAACUGCAGCUGGUAGCUGUCCUUGCUAUGAGGCUGAGCUCUUGGGGAGAUGCAGCUGCACAUUUGUACUUCAUCUCUUUUUGAGGGAAAAGCAUGGGUGCAGUCAUGUUGAAAGUCCAUGUUCAACACUGGGGUAACAGAAAUAUAUGAUAGUCCUUGUUCUAAGAUCUCCAAGGAAGCUUCUCCUUUUUCAUUCUGGUUUAUAAUGCCCCAACACUACUGUAAUUUGGUGAGUAUCUGGCAAUAAAGGUUGUUUCCCAUUGGUAUUGAUCCAGUCUUAGAACCUGUACAUUUAGUCUGAGGAAGGACUGAGAUGGUUUUGGAAUCAAGCCGUGCAUUUCCUAAGCAGAUGUUUGGAUAUUCCACGUGUGAAGGCUGCCCAGGGAGAUGCUGCAGCUUUGACAUAAGCAUCAACACAAACGUCAAAUACCAAAGAUUAGAACCAGGCUGUGUCUUUUCUCACUGUGUGGCUACUCCUUCAUGCUUUAGCAUUUCUUUGCUGCUUCUGUUGCCCUCUCCUCCCGUUUUUCUAAGGUGCUGACAGGUCUGUGGUGUCCAGUUCAGUUUGGCUUUGGAGCAGCCAGGCGUGGUCACCUCCACGGGUGUUUCCUUGAGCAGCCAUGGCAGCAGGAGGGUGAGCCAGGACAGCCUGUGAGAAACGUUCAGCUUUAUGGAAUUUCAUGGGAAACACCGUGUGAGGCAGGAAUGGCAGUGAGUGAUGACACACUUCCCUGCCUAGCACAGGGGCACACAGUAGAUUUCUGAUUUCUCUGGCUGCAUGAGGACUACAGAACUUUCUGUUCCCAGUGACUGGAAAAUUGCUUGGCACAAACAAGACAGAACUUGCUUUUGUGUUUAACUCUCCAAGGCACAGUUAUGCAAAUCAGUUGUAAAGGAGCAGUGACUUCAGACAGACUAGACUUAGCUGAGUGUUGUAGCUGGCUACACUUCCCCAGUAGGGGCUAAUUUAACUCUUUAUCACUUGCCACUGGAGUUGGAUAUCUCUGAGUAGCUUCUUUGUGCUGUAGCAUUUUCUGCUUGACGCAAAGUGUGGAGAAAGAUGGACAUGACUUGGACUCUGGAAAGUGUAUUUGAUGGUUGUGCAAAGCACAAGACUGUAUCAGUGGGUGUAUUUGCAUCAGAGACAAGGCUUUAGUCUGAAAUUAUUUCCAUUUUUAACACGUUUAUUUACAUUGUGUAAUAAAAAGGCUUAUUGCUGGACAGUGUUGAGUGCCUCAGCAAAGAUGCAAGGGAAUAUAAAGCUGCUUUAUGUGCAGUUCAGCUGAUGGAUCUCUUAUGUAGGCAGUAAAAUUGUAUUUAAUAAAUGAUGCUGAUAUUGAAACAAUUUGAAAGAAUAGUAAUGAAGUGUGUCUUUUCAGUGGCAUUGAUUGUUGUGGAGUGGUUUGGGCCUGUUCCAUCAGGGUGGAUAAUGGCAUUCCCAGGAAUUGUAUCCCAGCACUGCUGAGCUCCUGUGGGUGGCCCAGUCUGGCCUUCAUUCAUCCCAGCUCUCAGUGAUGUUUGCAGCUGUGUGAGGCAGAUGUGUAAUCAAUAUGACUUUUAAAUAUCCUUGUUUUUCCCUUCUCCUGUUAACUUUGGCUGCUGCUUGGUGAAUAUUGUCCAGUCCUGUUAGGCUGCACAUUCCACCAGCACCAUGUGGGUGUGCAUAUGUUCCUGUCCCUUGGGAGAAGGUAACAAAUGCAUCUUCUACAGCUGGUCCUGGAAGAUGGGGAGAAAAUUAUCCCCCCUCAGGGCAAUUUGCAGUCCAAAAAACUGGAAUCUGAAGUCAAAUGGAGAUUAUACAUCAUAGCUUCAAAUACUGAUCUCAAUGUUCAAAGAAAUACCUACUAAACUAGGCUUCAUUAUUUUUCAGGUUUUCAGGAUGAAUCUGGAAAAACUCAGCAAACCAGAACUACUGACGCUGUUUAGCAUUCUUGAGGGAGAAUUAGAAGCAAGAGAUCUUGUCAUAGAGGCUUUAAAGGCCCAGCACAGGGACACAUUCAUAGAGGAGCGCUAUGGGAAAUACAACAUCAGUGACCCACUGAUGGCUUUGCAGAGAGAUUUUGAGACCCUGAAGGAGGGGAAUCAUGGUGAAAAGCAGCCAGUAUGCUCCAAUCCUUUAUCUAUCCUGAAAGUGGUGAUGAAACACUGCAAGAAUAUGCAGGAAAGAAUGUUAUCCCAACUAGCUGCUGCAGAAAGCAGACACAGAAAGGUGAUCCUGGACCUGGAGGAGGAGAGGCAGAGGCACGCCCAGGACACGGCCGAGGGGGACGAUGUCACCUACAUGCUGGAGAAGGAACGAGAGCGCCUCACCCAGCAGGUGGAGUUUGAAAAAUCCCAAGUGAAGAAGUUUGAAAAAGAGCAGAAGAAGCUGUCGAGCCAGUUGGAGGAGGAAAGGGCACGCCACAAGCAAUUGUCUUCCAUGCUUGUUGUGGAGUGCAAGAAAGCCACUGCUAAAGCAGCUGAAGAGGGCCAGAAGACAGCAGAGCUGAGCUUGAAAUUGGAAAAGGAGAGGAGUAAGGUGAGUAAACUGGAAGAGGAGCUGGCAGCCAAGAGGAAGCGGGGUUUGCAGAUGGAGGCACAAGUAGAAAAGCAGCUCUCGGAGUUUGACAUUGAAAGAGAACAGCUGAAAGCCAAGCUGAACAGAGAAGAAAACCGUACAAAAGCACUCAAAGAAGAGGUGGAAUGUCUGAAGAAAGCCCUGAAAGAGCUGGAGGCUUCUUGCCAGGAGCACAGUCCCUCGGGGCCUGUGCAGCCCAGCCCCUCGGUGACAUCCAGGGGGGUGACAACUGACAGUCCCCCAGUGAAGUCUGUGUCCUGCCAGACCGAGAGCCUGCAGGCAGAGCGAGCCAGCAGCAGCAGCAAAGCUGUUCACACCGUGUUUGCCAGCCCCUCUACACCUGCUCAUUCCUAUGCAAAAUCCAACGGGCACUGUGACACAGACGUGCAGAUGGCUGGGGAGACAAAUGCUGCAGAGAGCCAAGCUCCCAGGGAGAAAUCUGCUGCAGCCUCAGAAAAUGCCGUGGAGAAUGGAAGUUCUCCUGUAAGAACAGAGUCCCCGGUGCAUCUGGUGUCCCAGCUCCCUGCUGCUGGGGUGUCCCUGUCUCCCAGCAGCACGGCUGCCUCCUCCCUCACCCCUUCUCCCUGCUCCUCACCAGUGCUCACCAAGCGCCUGGUGGGAGCCCCGGCCGGCAGCCCUGGCUACCAAUCCUCCUACCAGGUGGGCAUCAACCAGCGCUUCCACGCCGCUCGCCACAAGUUCCAGUCCCAGGCAGAGCAGGAGCACCAGGCCAGUGGCCUGCAGAGCCCCCCCUCCCGGGACCUGUCCCCCACCCUGGCAGACAACUCUGCUGCCAAGCAGCUGGCCCGGAACACGGUCACACAGGUGCUGUCCAGGUUCACCAGCCAGCAGGGCCCCAUCAAGCCCGUGUCCCCGAACAGCUCCCCCUUUGGCACGGACUACCGAACCCUGGCCAGUGCUGGCAGCCCCAGAGCCGAGCCCGGCCACUCCCCCAGCCCUGUCAAGGUUUCCAGCCCUCUCAGCCCCUUGUCUCCUGGAAUUAAGUCACCGACCAUUCCUAGGGCAGAAAGAGGGAACCCUCCACCCAUUCCUCCAAAGAAGCCCGGCCUGGCUCAGUCACCUGCUGCUCCUGCUGCUCUCCCCAAGAGCUCCCAGGCCUCCUCCCUGGCUGCCCCCAUGGACGUGGCGAGUGGCUGCUCCAACAGCACUGUCGUGUCAAAUGGCAAAGACCUGGAGAUCCUCCUGCCAAGCAGCAGCUAGUCUCCAGAAAAUGGGAAUGUGACAUUCCACAGCUUAGCUUACCCUGCAGCUAAGACACUGUUUUUCCACUCCAUGUUAUUUAUUUCCAUAGUAGCAGAUUCUGUCUGUAUAAAACAUUUAGUAUAUUUUUUUUUCUUUUUAAUAGGUAGGAAAAUAUUUUUGUUUAUGAAGAAACCUUAACUAAGCUAUACAGUAGCCUCCAAAUGUCUCAUGGCAGCAGUCAAAUCAUUAGAGAUAACAACCAUAAUCACUUGGUGGGACCUAUCAACCUCUAAUGGGACUGAAAUGCUACUUUUAAAUUAUGCAGAAAUAAUUUUUGCAGACUUUUUACUCCAGAUGAACAUUUUAUAAAAGUGCCUGAACUAAGCCUGCAAUAUGAAUGUGAUUCUCGGGAAAAGGUGAGGAGGGGAACAUCUAGCUGCAGAAACAAAUUCUUCUGA